AUCAUUUCCUAGCAACCAAAAGACGCUGUACAAACAGAAUGGCAAAAUUUGUGCUCGCUGGUAAGUCUGACUGUCCUCACUUUGCCAAAGCGGAGCUUCUAUCAGACUCAUUGCAGAGAUCGCUGCCAAACUUCAGGGUCCAUAAGAUCCCCAUCCUCCCACAGGAAUGGAAAGAGUGGCUGGAGGCCACGUGCAAAACAAACGGCUGGAAACACGAGAAGUCGCCUUUAAUCUGGAGGGAGCUGGUGGAUCAAGGAGGCAAAGGGACGAUUUUAGGAGGCUUCAGCGACUUCCUUGAGCACUGUCAGAAUUACUACAACGUGACGUCAGCGAUGUCCACAGAGACGAUGUUGAGUGUUGCAGCAUAUAAUCUGGAGAGUGGGAUUAAGGAGCAGGAAGGCGUCGCUCUCAUCAAACCUCUUCACAUCUGGAUCAGCAGUGCCCUCAGCCUCACCUGCUCUGUCCUAAUCCCUAAUCUGGUCACUGCUGAGGUUUUCCCUCAGGCUGCUGCAGUCAGCCUUCAUCUGCUGGACCUGGAUGAGGAGGAGGAGGAACUGCAGGUCAUGAAGAUGGAGGUGGAGGAUCUGGCUCUGCCUCUUCUCCACCAGGUGAGCAUCCACACAGACGUGGACGAGGCCUUCCACGGAGCAGAUGUCGUCCUGCUGCUGGAUGAACGAUGCUCUGACGACAGCGACGAGAACCAGAGCGUAGAAGAAAAGAAGGAGAAGUGGAGAAUGAAGAAAAUCUCACAACGAUACACAGAUUACGGACGACUCAUCGACACCAGAGCCGACGAGCAGGUGAAGGUUGUCGUCUGUGGGGACUCGUUUGUCAACGCCAGAUGUUCUCUGCUCGUGGAUGCCGCUCGCUCCAUCAGCAGCGACCGUUUUGUCGCCAUGGCAACGCAGCUGGAGACCGAGGCCAGGGCCAUAAUCUCAGAGAAGCUGAGCGUGAAGACGUCAGAUGUGACAGAUGUGAUCGUGUGGGGAAACAUCAGCGGCAGUUUCUACGUUGACCUGCAGAGGGCGCAGGUGUUCAACUUUAACGGGCCAAUAAGAGGACCGCCUUCUUUCUCACUGUCACUGCUGAAGAUCUUCCACCACAGGAAAUGGCUGGAGUCAGACUUCCAGGACUUGGUGCGUCGUCGUCGUGAUGCGGUGACUUCCAAGACCGGACACGGAGCGGCGGCCAUGUCAGCAGCUGACGGAAUCCUCACACUUCUCAAAGCCUGGAACGGCAGCUGUGGCCCGGACAGAGUCUUCUCUCUGGGUGUCGUGUGUCCAGGUUUCUACGGCCUCCCCGACGGCGUCGUCCUCUCCGUUCCCGUUUCCUUCGCAGACGGCAAACACUCAGUGUUGGUGCCGGACAUGAGCGUCAGUGACGAGCUGAAGCGGAGGCUUCACCUCUCUGCCAGUGAACUCACACAGGAAAAACUGGCAUCAGAGAACGACGGCGACGACAACAAAUAAGCCACAUCUCUUUCAGUUUGUCCUUUUAUUCUCUCAGUUUCACACAAUAUUUGCUCUUUUUAGAUUAUUUUUUUCCACUUAAAUGACAAAAGAAUAAAAACAA